AUGGGUAACGAUAAUACGAAGAUUAAAAAAAGUGAGUUUAGCGACAUCUUGCAGGGCGUUCGCUACACACCCGAAGAAAUAUCGAAGAUCCAUAAAAGCUUUCUACUCAACUUUCCCAAAGGCAAGAUAUCCCGUCUUAAUUUUCUGACGACGUAUUCAAAGAUGUUUGAGAACUACGCUGAAGCUCAGGAAUUCACCGAUCACAUGUUCAGAGCCUACGAUGAAAACAAAGACGGUGAGAUCAGUUUCAAAGAAUUUCUGAUAACCCUGAACACCAAAAACAAAGGGACCAAGGAAGAUAAGUUGAGAUGGGCGUUCAGGAUGUAUGACGUUGAUGGCAAUAAGCAAAUUUCUCACGCUGAGAUUAUUGAAAUUUUG